UUCAUUUGGACGGAUAUCCCUGAAAACCUGCCAUUGUUUGUAAAUCUUUUUCUCAACAUUGUUCUUUUCCCUUAUAAAAAAUCACACCCAUCAUUUGUUUUUCCGCCCCAUUUUCCUUGUUUCUCUCAUUUUCCCUUCAAAGAUUCCACCUUUUUUGAACCAAGAUGGACUGUUUUGUACCUUCAAGGAAGCCUUGUUUCAUUGAAGAAGAUGAUGGUUUAGCUUCACUUGCAGGCAUGGAGGGUGUUGGGUAUUCAGGUGGAAGCUAUUACAAAAACCAUAGCCAAAAUGGGUUUUUCUCAACACCCUUUUGUUUCUCAAGGAGGAAUAAUAGUUUAAGGAACAUGUCUUCUUCUUCUUCUUCUUCUUCUUCUUCUUUUUCAUGUUUGAUUUCUUCUUCUCCAAGGUCUACUAGGUUUUAUGAUGGCAGAUUUGAAGAUCAUCAUCAACCCCAUUUCUUGGAUGCUUGCUUCCUUUGCAAGAAACCUCUUGGGGGUAAUAAGGACAUCUUCAUGUACAGAGGGGACACACCUUUUUGUAGUGAAGAGUGUAGGCAAGAACAAAUAGACAUGGAUGAAGCUAAAGAAAACAAUUUGAGCUUUUCUUCAUCAAUGAAAGCAUUGAGGAAGGAGAAAGACCAAAGGAAAUCAUCCAAAUCUCCAACCAAAGCUGAAGAUUACCCUUUUAGAACAAGCACUGUUGCAGCUGCUUGAAAUCAACAUAUCUACCAUAUAAAUAGUUGAAAAAAUAUAUAUGAAGAUCCAUGAAGAAGCCUAUUUUUAGGGGUUUCUUUGUUUUUAUAAUUGUGAAUGUUAUAUAACACACUAUAUGAGAAUGUGAAAUAAGCUUGUAUUAAACCCUA